AUUAUGCAAAUCACAAAAUUUUGUUUUUAUUUUACAGUUUGAGUACUCAAAUUAAAGUUUUCUUCCAAAUGUAAUGUCUUCAUGACCUGAUACACUUCGCUGCUCUUUAAGGAGACGUGGUCAAAUCGAGGAACUUUCUGGAACUUUAGUUUCCAUUCUUAAUUUCUGCCCCCACAAAGAUCAUGUGAAUUCCCUGAAAUAUAGGAUAUGUUUUAUUUAUUUAACCUUUAUUUAGCCAGGUAAGACCCAUUGAGAUUUAAAAAACUAUUUUGCGAGGAUGACCUGGCAAGAAGGCCAAACAGUUUUGGCUGCCCUACAUUAUUUGUAAACUGUAGGGGGGUGUCUUCAAAUAAUAUGUAGUGUUUUUAGUGAGAGUUGAUAUUUGAGAAUGGGUAAUGGGACAAAUAGCAUUUGAAGUCUACACUACUCCUUGGGUACACAGACUUGACCUCAGCUUUUGCCAGAUUAAUUGACCCUUUUGUGCACACAGAUCAGCACAAACAUUACAUAGUCACAACAUUUGUAGGAAAUGCACUGUGAAAAUAUGAAAUUCCCAGAAGUCUCCCGUUGAGGUGUAAACUGUUUUAUAGAAAGUCUUGUUGAAUUAGAUCUUGAAUAACAAAAGCAUAAUUCAUAGCAUGGAGUAAAGUCAGUUGUCUGCCCACCACUCUGGCAAACAGAAUAAUUGUUUUUCACGGAUAAAAGCAAUAGCAAGAGGACAAUGGUUUGCUAUCUAUCAUUUGCGAAAUAACUACAAGGAGGCUUUCAUUGUGCAUGGGAAAUGGUGCUGGGUUGGCUUUGUUUGCUCGUGAAAGGACGUGCCCGUGCCAACCAAUGAGAGGAGAGAAUGAGUGCGGUAGUAUGACGUGUAGAUGCAAAUCCCCUCGAUUUCAGCCUAUUGCCUGACUCAACCAGCAAGUGUGUGUCUUCAGUCUUCAUUCCUUGCCACGGAACGAACCUGUUUAUUCUGCUGUCUGAAUAAAACGGACGCGUGUUAUUGUUUUGCUGGGGAUUAAAGACAUAUUGCUUGAAAGCAAAUCGUAUAUUUUUCUUCCUCAACGCAAGACUGCGUAAUUAUAAAUUUACUUUAAUUUAAUUAAUUCAUAACUGUACGCUAUUUAGUAUUCAUUUUAAGACAAAAUGAAGACAAAAUUUAUCAACGGGGUGUCAUCCUCCCCUUCUAUGGCCUUGGGUUUGUUGGUCACUGAAAACGCACUUGAGGUCCAGCCAGACACUGAGGAUGAAUGCAAGGAAAUCAUCCGACCGGAUGAGCCCGACCAGGACACGAAGCGCAAGGCGUAUUUAUGGUGCAAAGAUUUUCUCCACGGUGCGUGGAAAACGGUGACAGAAGAGGAUUUUCAAAUCAGCAUAAUAAGGGGUGGCCUCAGCAACAAGCUCUUCCUCUGCGCCCUACCCGACAUCCAAACCAGUGUAGGUGAUGAACCCCGCAACGUCCUCUUGCGUCUGUAUGGAGCUAUUCUACAGAUGUCCUGUAAUAAGGGGGAGCCCAGACAGUCAAACAAAGAAAAUCUCUUUCAAGGUGCUGAGGCCAUGGUGCUGGAGAGUGUGAUGUUUGCCAUUCUGGCUGAGCGGGAGCUUGGGCCCAAACUCUUUGGCAUCUUCCCUCAGGGCAGACUGGAGCAGUUUGUCCCAAGUCGUAAACUGGACACGGAUGAGCUGAGCAUGCCUAGCAUAUCUGCUGAAAUAGCUGAGAAGAUGGCCAAGUUCCAUGGUAUGAGGAUGCCUUUCAACAAGGAGCCCAAAUGGCUGUUUGGAACUAUUGACAAGUACCUGAACCAGGUGAUGAGACUCACCUUCACCAGGGAGUCCCACAUGCUCAAGUUUGCCCGUCUGAUGAGCUGUAACCUGCCCCAGGAGAUGGAGAAUCUCAAGUCUUUGCUGGACUCCAGUCAUUCCCCUGUGGUUUUCUGCCACAAUGACUGUCAAGAAGGAAAUAUCCUUCUCCUCAGUGGUUGUGAAGGCACUGACAGACAGAAGCUCAUGCUGAUUGACUUUGAAUACAGCAGCUACAACUACAGGGGAUUUGACAUAGGAAACCACUUCUGUGAAUGGAUGUAUGACUAUACAAAUGACAAGUUCCCAUUUUUCCAUGUCAACUCAAAUAAUUAUCCCACUAAAGCCCAACAGCUACAUUUCAUUGGAAGCUACCUGUCAGAGACUGAGCAGGGAUUUGAGAAUCAGAGCGCUGAAGACCAGAUGAAACUCAAAGAGGAGCUGUUUGUGGAAGCCAACAGGUUUGCUCUGGCUUCGCACUUCUUCUGGGGUCUGUGGUCGAUGAUCCAGGCGAGAAUCUCCACCAUUGAGUUUGGGUACAUGGAGUAUGCCAUGGCCAGGUUUGAUGCAUACUUUGAGCAGAAACGGAGCUUGGGGGUCUAAGCGAGGGACCACAUACUGUAACAAGGAGGUGGAGGAUGAAUGGAUUAACAGCGCUUAAUUGAAAAUAAUGCAGACAGGCAAUCAGGGUGUAGGACCAUGCUUUAAUGGCGAACCUGUGCUUUGGGAAUGAAACGCUCACUAUAGUUGGUAUCGCAUGGACCAAAGUGAAACCAUGAAUAUCUGGUUUGGUGCCCCAUGCAUCGCUGCUCAGUGUCUGCACAAUACUACGCUCCUUUAUAACACACGCUCACAGGGUCAAGAUUGUUCUUGGCCUGUCUUUUCUUCAAAGAACAUCAGGAAGAUUAAGACAGGGAUAAAAAUCUUCAUUCUGAACGGAGGUGUAAGUUACAUCCGCAGGAAGUCCAUUCCUGUUUGGAAAUGUUCUGGCGUAGCUCAAAAGAACAGAAGUCUCAAUGAGCCUUAAAAAUCCUUGCUUAUUGAAAACCCAGUAAUCUCUUAUCUGUGACCCAACGGCAAUAGUACAUUUUCUGUGACAUAAGAGCAAGGUUCAAAACAUACGUCAAAUAACGAAACUCUCAGUUUCAAUUGAUUGUUAGUUUUUUUUGCAUCCAUGCUAUACAUGUCAGUUUUCCUUCAUUCUUUAUCAAAAAUAAUUCCUCUAAGAUGACUUGCAUAUGGAAAUAUUUGGAGCCACCAAUUAGAUGGGUGCGUCUCUGGCUAACAGCAUUUCCCACCUGCAGUACUGUAAAUAUCAUCUGAUAAAUGUGACCUGAAACACAGUGUACUCUUCGAAAAAAGGGUUCUUCAAAGGGUUCUCCUAUGCGGACAGCUGAAAACCCCUUUUAAGGUUCUAGAUAGCACCUUUUGUUCUAAGAGUGUAGUAAUGGUGACCUCACUACCCUACUCUGUACUUACAAUAGCUGGGGAUUGUGUAGAGUAAGAGUAUCAGCUCUGAAUAGGUCAUUGAAAUGGUAUUGGUAUUCAAACAGAUAUAUUCAUUAUGAAAAUGCAGGUCCUUCUACACCUUUGGGGUUUUAGUCUGGGUUUCUGUACAGCACCUGGUGACAUUAGCUGAUGUAAGAAGGGCUUUAUAAAUACAUUUGAUUGAUUGAUUGAAUAUAUCACAGAUAGUACAUUGGAUAAGUAAGGAAAUGGCAAACAGGAACGCUCUCAGCUUUAACUCAAACAGACCAACAAUAGAGAUGCUUACUGUGCUAUUCAGCUGGAGUAAACAGUUGCAGAUGUGAGAAGAACUGUAAAUAAGUUGUAAAAAAAUCCUCAUGUAGAGGUCUUUAAUAUGUAUAAUGAUAUAUUUAGAAUGUGUUUGGGGACUGGAAAUAUUUACUUUACUUUUUUUUGGUGAAAAAUUCAUAACCAAACUGUGACAAUUAGUGCUGUUUUAAUAUGAAUUUAUAUUCUGUAUUUCAUCAUUCUAUUUGUUUUAUGUAAACAUGUUUAUUUAAUCUGGUUAAUAUAAUAUUGAAACAAAUAUGAGCCUUCACUUUGAAAUUACAUUGUUGCGUAGGCUACAAUGUCAGUGGCACUUCAAUCUCAUUCACCAGACACUUCUUCCCAAUGCUCAUACGCUAUUAGCCUGGGAGCGAGAUGAGUGGCACUUUCCUGACCAGUUGCAUUUUUAAGGAUAACGUUUGAAAUGUUUUCCUUAAAUGGAAUAUGUAUUUUUCUUAAUAAGAAAAUUGUCUCUUUCCUUGUUGAAACACAUCUCACUCCUGUUUUCUCAACACCUGCUAUAUCAUUAUUGUGUGAUCAACUACAUUCCAUUUUCAGGUAUAUGUUGUGUAUAUUUGUAUGUACAUUACACCUCUCUUUCAUGAUAUAUUAUUAGUUUGAGAUAAUAAAAUAAGAAUUGAUCCAAAUGUAUUCAAAUGGAAUUGUAAUUGACAGUGCCACAUACAGUUUUCUGAGUAUUUCCUUGCUGUAUUUCAUGUUUUGCCAUUCAAUACAGAGAUCAAAUAACAUGUGAUUGAUUAUCCAAACAUGAGGGAAGAAGGAGCUCCUCUACAUUACACUGAAUAUUGUUGAUUAUGAAUAUUGUAAUCUUAUGGAUAAUUGAACUGAAUGUCCAAUUUGUAUAUGCUGUGAAAGGAUCCCAACUACUCUAUUUUGUGAGUGCAAACGUUUAGCCUGGCUUACCUAUAAAGAUAGCUAUGCAGAUAUACACUAAAAUAAGAAAAUAUGUACCGUAUAAAUUCUUCCCUUGUAAAUAGCAAGGGUCAAGUCAUUUGAAAAUGUACCACUAUGGCAUGUUCAUUAUAUACACUUACUGUACCUUCUACUGCUUUGCACAAGUACUACAAUAAAGAUAAAGAAAUAAAACGUG